AUGCCUGAACGAAUUACUAAUGUGGCUAAAUACAGUGAACUGAGAGGUCUCUACAAGUACCACAUUGAUAUAUUUAUUGCGCUGUAUCACAUAAACACCGAAAAUGAAGACGAUUUAAACUCGAUUUACAAAAAGAUAAAAGCAGAAUUGAUUGAUUCAAGGAAAUAUCUCCCACGCAAGAUUAUAAAAGAUAUUUUAGCAAUUAUUCCGUAUAAUAACCGCUAUACAAAGUCAUAUUUAACACUCGCAAAACUCAUUCUUGAUGAUUAUCAUGUUUCAGUAGUUCCAAAUAUUAAUCCAAUUUCAAAUUUCCUGUUUUAUAAAGAAUAUGGAAUUAAAUUAGAUAUGGCUUAUUUCUAUAUAAAUAUAUAUGAAAAUCUCGAUUAUAAUUCAGAAGAUACAAUUCGUUCAGCAAUUAUGAAUAAUGACUUAGAAAGAUUCAUCGCAUUCACUGAAAGAGAUGAUUUUGAUAAGAAUCAAAAACUAGAGAGUAAAUUAUAUCCAUAUUCUAAAGAAGGAUAUUCAUUACUUGAAUUAUGUUGUUAUCACGGAGCAGUUGAUUGUUUCAAGUUUUUAAGAACCCAAUUUAAAUCCGAAAUAACUCAAACAUGUCUGUAUUUUUCUUUUUUAGGAGGAAAUCAAGAUAUCAUGAGUGAAUUUUUGAAAUAUCAAAAACCAAAUGAAAAAUGCAUGAAAUAUGCAAUUAUUUCACACAACAUUGAUUUUGUUACAUUCUUGAUGAAUGAAAAUAAUUUAAAGAUCGAUUUAGAAUGUUGUGGCGAAUACAAUAAUCUUGAAGCGCUUUUAGUUUAUUUCGAUCAAACUCAUGAUAUUCACAAAUGCCUUAUUUAUUCAUCGAUGCUUGACAUUCCAUCUCUUUGCAUAAAUUUCCUUUCACUUGGUGCAGCUAUCAAUUCAGCUAACAUAUAUCAUAUUAGUAAUGAUGAUUAUGAUGAAACAACUGCUCUUCAUUAUGCUGCAAUUAAUAAUAAUAAAGAAUUAAUUGAAUAUCUUAUUUCAAAGGGUGCACAUAUUUGGAGAAACACUCUUCUUCUUGCAGCGAUAAAUAAUAGUUACAAUGCCGCAGAAGUUCUUCUUGAACAUGGUAUUGAUGUCAAUAUAACAAAUGAAUAUGGAAAAACGGCUCUUGAUUAUGCAAUAAAGAAUAAUUGCAGAGAAACAAUAGAGUUACUUCGUUCACGAAUUGCAAAAAUCCCUAGAAAAGAGGAAUAUAGUGUAUCACAACUUUUAGUUGCUGCAAUGAAGAAUAUAUUUCCACGAGGUACUGAUAUCAAUAAAAAAGAUAAAAAUGGACAAACUGCUCUUCAUAUUGCAGCAUGGAAAAACAAUAAAGAAGUAGCUGAAAUUCUUAUCUCACACGAUGCAAAUAUCAAUGAAAAAGAUAUAUAUGGAAAAACAGCUCUUUCUGUCGCAGCAAUUAAUAAUAGUGAAGAAACAGCUGAAGUUCUUAUCUUACAUGGUGCUAAUAUCAAUGAAAAAGCUAAAGAUGGAAAAACAAUUCUUCACUUUGCAACAAUAAAUAAGAGUAAAGAAACAAUCCAACUUCUUCUUUCGCAUCAUGUAAAUGUCAGUAGUAUAUGUGGGCGGGUUUUGUGA